AUGUCGGUCGUUAUAGUAGCGGCAAACACACAAGAACGUGACCUCGGAUCUGUCAUCCAGGAACUAAACAACCUCAGAAGUUUGGUUGAGCGUCUCCAGAGAACUUCAGAUCUCCAAACUACCAAGAUAGAGGGCCUACAACAGACAUCACGAGAUCAACAAGCCAUUUUACAGACACAGGACGUCCAACUGAGGAACUUAAAAGCAGAAAAUCAAGAACUCCGAGACAUUAUUUUUGAAUUGACAGCAAGUAGUAUUCAAGAGAGUAGGAUUAAUGGAUCAAACGUUGUAACUAGUGAUUUUGACACAACACUCAUAAACAAGAUUUCAAAAGGUGACUUCAAGAAUAUAGUCAGAAAAGAAAACAAAACAGAAUUGAAGAGCAGAAAUAAGAGACUCUUAUCACAGUCAACAGUGUCUCCUCCCACUAAGGAUUUUGUUGCUUUCUAUGCCUUCAUGUCAGCGGGAGCCACAUAUACACAGAACAAUCAUGUUCUGGUCUUCGACACUGUAAAAACUAACUUUGGAAACAGUUUCCAUCACAACACAGGUGUCUUCAUUGUUCCUACAUCAGGCUUGUAUGUGUUCACAUGGACUAUCAGAGAACACAACGGUAGCCAUCAUUCUGUCGCACUGGUGAUUAACAACGAAGAAUAUGGUGCAGUUUAUCAGAACUCACGUCCCGGAGAUUAUGAUCAGUGCAGUACAACAGUUGUAAUCUAUGUCAAUCAGGGGGACGAUGUGUUUUUGCGAACCCGAUAUGGGACUGGGGGCACGUCUGGAGACAUCAUCAGUAACCCAUAUGGAAGAACUUCCUUCUCUGGCUGGAAAAUACAUUAA